CUAGUCAAGUGUUACCCGAAUUCCCCAUUGUUCACAUUGGCGAAAGCAUCGAGAUUGCUCGUCAGCACUUCUUUAACGUAAAUGGUUAUAAUAUGGACUUUACAUGCGUUCUUGAGGAUGUCUCUGGAUUUGCGGAUGAACUGAAGAUUCUAGGUAAAAAGUUGUUUGUCUGGACAGUAAACAAGGAAAGUGAUAUGAAAAAAGUGAUGAGGCAUGGUGUGGAUGCUGUGUUGACCGAUGACCCG